AUGUACGUAUCCACAUCACACCAUCCCACUUCAACCUCUGAACCUCCCCGCACCGGUCCGUACGAAGGUCCAUAUCGCCGUCAUCAUCAUCAGUCCGGAAAGGGAGAGACAGCCAUGACUUCCGAUGCCGUAACGUACAAAUGUCAUCGAUACGGCGACCACUCUCUUCAGAGGGUAGGCGUGUGGCAAUUCUCCGAGGAACACUCACCUCCUCCUUCUUCUUCUUCUUCUUCCAACUCAUCGCCUCUAUGGAUCGUAUAUAUUCACGGCGGAGCAUGGCGCGACCCUGAAAUCACCCACACUUCUUUCAACGCGACCAUUGAUUCCCUCACAUCUUCCACCACCACCACCACCUCCUCCUCCUCAUCUGCCUCUUCCACUGUCAACACCAGCCCAUCGCCCUCGUCCCCCCCGCUGCGGCCGGGCAUCGCCGGCUUCGCAAGCAUAGACUACCGUCUUUCCCCACACCCAGACUACCCGCAGGACCCGUCUAGCACGCCGGUCAACGAGCUGCGCAGCGCCCGACACCCAGACCACCUGCGCGACGUGCAGUCGGGUCUGACUCUGCUAUCGCGCGAAUACAAUCUCCAGGAUGACCGGUACAUCCUAGUGGGGCACUCGGCCGGUGCUACGCUGUCGUUCCAGACGCUCACGACGUCGAGCCAUGACGGAGGAGACCGGGGAUCGCCACUGCCCGCCGCGGUGGUUGGUGUGGCGGGCAUCUACGAUCUGCGUGGAAUCGACGAGCGACACGGGGGCGGGUACGCGGGAUUCAUCAGCGGCGCGUUUGGGGACGAUGCGCGGGAGUGGGACGCUGCCUCGCCGGCCAGGUUCGAGGGUGACUACGGUGCCCUCCUUGGGCGGAAGGACGAGGGGGGAGGGCCGGCGCAGAGGAAGAUAUUUCUCGUCAGAUCGGUGGAGGAUGAGCUGGUUGACUCGGCAGAGUUGCAGGGGAUGAAGAGCAGGUUGGAGAGGGACGGAGUGAAGGUGAAGGCUGUUGAUGAUCUGACGGGGCAUCAUGAUGAUGUCUGGAGGGGGGGGGACCAGAUGGCCAGAAUUAUUGGUUUGGUAUUGGAGUCUUUAUAG